AUGAACAACAAAUCAUCAACAGAAACCCAACAAAGAGUUGUGCCAGGACAAAGAAUCGGGCAAACCGAUACUUAUCAAUCAGGACGAGGAACAUACGUGAAGGAUAAUCGGAUACAUGCUAGUGUUGUAGGAAGUGUUAAAAUUUCUAAUCAUGCUGAUAUUGAUGAAUCUACACCAUCAUCAUCAAAUAAUUCAUCAUCAACUUCGGAGGUUGCUUCUCUUCCAUAUAUUCAUGUUAUUCAAGAAAAUAAUCAAGAAACUAUUGUACCAAAUAUUCUAUCAGUUGUUACAGCUAAAGUUAUCAAGACAACAAAAUCAUUUGCUAAAGUUGACAUUUUGUGUGUGGAUGGCAAACCUGUUACUAAAUCAGGAUCAGCAAUUAGUGGACUUUUAAGAGUUCAAGAUAUUAGAGCAACAGAAAUUGACAAGGUUGUUCUGUAUGAAUGUCUCAGACCAGGUGAUAUCAUUCUUGCAGAAGUCAUUUCAUUAGGUGAUUCGAGAAGUUACUACAUUUCAACAGCUAGAAAUGAAUUAGGAGUUAUUUAUGCAACAUCAAGUUUUGGAUAUCCAAUGAUUCCUCUCGAUUGGACAACUAUGGUUUGCACAAAGACAAAUGCUAGAGAAUUAAGAAAGGUUGCCAAAGUUUUGUAA